UCUGUAAGGACCUGACCUUAGUCCAUCCAGAUCAAUAGAAGAAGAAGGAGGAGAAGAAGAAGAAGAAGAAGAAGAGACGAGAGAGCGGAUCCUUCGCAGUGGAAAUACUCUCCCUUCCCUCGGCCCUCAUGCUUUGCACACUCUAAGAAACCGACAACAACAACAACAAAAAAAGUGGAUUUUCCUACUUCUCGCUCGCUCUCGCCUCCGCCGCCGGCCGCCAUGUCGUUCCCCCAGCUGGGCUACCAGUACAUUCGGCCCGUGUACCCUCCGGAGCGCCAGGGCAUGGCCGGCAACGCCCGGAGCGCCGCCGCCGCCGCCGCCGCCGCCGCGGCCGCCGCGGAGCUCAGUCCGUCGGGCGCGCUCUCCAACGUGCUCUCGUCCAUGUACGGAGCGCCGUUCGCCGCCGCCGCCGCCGCGCAGGGCUACGGAGCCUUUCUGCCCUACUCCAACGACAUCUCCAUUUUCAACCAGCUGGGCGCCCAGUACGAACUGAAGGACGGCCCCGGGGUUCAGCACGCCGGCUUCCCCCACCACCACCCGGCCUUCUACCCGUACGGCCAGUACCAGUUCGGCGACCCGUCCCGGCCCAAGAACGCCACGCGGGAGAGCACCAGCACUCUGAAGGCCUGGCUCAGCGAGCACCGCAAGAACCCGUACCCGACCAAGGGCGAGAAGAUUAUGCUGGCCAUCAUCACCAAGAUGACGCUGACCCAGGUCUCCACCUGGUUCGCCAACGCCCGCAGGAGGCUCAAAAAGGAGAACAAGAUGACGUGGGCGCCUCGGAACCGAACCGACGAGGAUGGCAACGUCUACCCCAGCGACCACGAGGGCGACGAGGGCGACAAACGGGAGGACGAGGAGGAGAUCGACCUCGAGAACAUCGACACGGAGAAUAUUGAGAGCAAGGACGACCUGGACGAGCAGGACGACCUGCAUUCGGAACUCAAACUGGACGCGAGGAGCGACUCGGAGGGUUCGGACGGCUAUGAGGAUUUAUCCGAGCAGAGGUUUCUCAAAGCGGGCCUGCACCAUCACCACCUUCAGAUCCACCACCGCGGCUCCUCCCCGCUGGAGCUCAAAGCUGACGGGGACAAACUCAACUCCUCGGGGCCGGUCGGCUCCCCGCCCUCGGAGAACAGCCAAGCUCCGGCCCAGAAACCCAAAAUCUGGUCGCUGGCGGAGACGGCCGCGGCCCCGGACAACCCGCGCAAGUCUCCGCAAGCCCCCCACCAGCAGCACGGCCUCGUGGCCCCGCACAGACUCCUCGCGUCGUGUCCCGCGGUGGGGAAGAUCCAGACGUGGACGAACCGAGGCUUCUCGGCGCACCAUCUGGCCCUGCUAAACUCCAACCACUACCUGGGCCUGGCCAACCAGGCCGGGGGCGGCCUGGCGCUGUACGGAGGCGGCAAGGGGGCCGCUGCCGGUACCGGUGCGGACUCUGCGCUCACAGGUACCGGUCCGCGACACUGAGAACCGCCGCGUGUGUGUUUGUGGACGCGCAAAACACUCCAAGCCCGCUUCCACUCAUUUUGUUUGUUUUCUUUUUCUCUUUUCGAACUGUCUCUUUUUCCACCUGGUGAUGGAUCCUUUUCUCCGUAGGCCACACACAACGCGCGUGCGUGUGCGUGCGUGGGUGCAGACCACAAAGCAUUUAAAAACAAUAAUAGUAAUAAUAUUCAUAACGUCCCUAUUUUUAUUUUUACUUUUCGCGCACCAUG